AUGGUCUCAACACGAUCCAAGGUUGCUGGGACUACCGCUCACCCUCCAGCCCCGUCACUCACCAAGGAGGCAAAGGCCGCAGCAAAGGCCGCCAAGAGUGCGGAGAGGGCUCGAGCCAAAGCCGCCAAAGCUGCUGCCAAAGCCGCCAAAGCCGCCGCCAAAGCCGUGGCAAAGGCCGCGGGAAAGACUUCCAAGAGCUCCAAGAAGUCCAAGAAGUCCAAGUCUAGCAAGAAGACUUCCAAAGCCAGCAAGAAGAGCAAGCGAGCAAAGGCCCCAGAGCCUGAAUCCAAUGACGAAGAAAGUCAGAGCGAACAUGAAGUCGAAGCCGGCCACAAACGGCGCAGAACUUCUGAAAGCGAAGGCGAAGAUCUGUAUGUGCAAAUCAAGCACAAGAGGAUUGCCAACAACAAGGCAGUCAGCUCGUCAGAGUCCAUUUCAGUGGAUAUCAAAGACUGGGAGUACUCAGAGGAGCUCCCCGCCCCCAAGGGGUUGAAGACCAAGAUUGAGACUGCACUGCCGCAGAUUUAUAUCGGAGGAGGUGCACCCCAGCCCCGUUGGCUGGUUGCCCAAAGCAAGACUAUGCCUCUGCCCCCCUCCAACGUCGGCUACAAGCGCAAGCUGUCCGCCAGUUCCAGCUCCACCGAUUACGGCCGACUUGUCUGGUACCUCGAUGAGGGCGAUUACCAGUCCUGGGGUGGCUUGGAAUACCCCCAGGUCUUCGAGCUAGCAUGGAGAUGCUUGGACUUUGCCCUGCAGGACGACGAGUUCCGAGACGAGAUCCACGAUACGCUUGUUAACGGACCGCUGUCUAAGCAUGCGUCACUCAACGAAGGAUGGGAGCCCGCUAUUCCACCUCAGCCUCUCUCGAGAUAUUUUGGACUUUCUGAUGAUGUGUACCUCUGGGAUGCCGCUGGAAAGCCCGAGUCCUCGGGAUACUACUACCCGGACCAUGAGCGACCCACGCUGGCCGUUCGGCCAUCCAGGGCUGCAGUGGGACCUCACCAGCAUAUCUUGACAACCAAGCUCUUGGACCAGAUCUCGACUGGGCCUGAGACUGAGCCCAAGGCCCCCGCUCCUUCUCGCGCUCUUGGCAGAUCAAAGGCUGCAACAGCCUCGAAUGUAGGCUCCGUUGUUAGCGACGAGACUGAGAAUGAUCAGUCCGAGGGCGCCUCGGCCCCAGAGACCCAAGCACCAUCCCCCGUGAGCUCUGAAUCCGCGUCAUCUGCCGACAGCUCUGAAUCGGAGUCGCAAUCCGACAGCGAGAAUGUCCCAAUCAGCCCAUCCGAAUGCUCCCAUGAUGGACUCUUCAGCGCGGAUCAGAUCGAACACCACUACAGCGCCAAGGGAACGACAUUCAAACAAGAAAAUUUAGGAGGCAAGCGGAAAGCGUCGGAAAGUGUGGAGGGAGAGGGAGAUAGGGAAAAGCGAGGGCGACUUGAGUCGAGUGACCAGCAGGAAUUUGGCACAGCUUUAGAAUUUCCACUUGAAGAGCGGGGAGAAGUAGAGAUGGCGGAGGAGGCACCGAGGAUGGCGGAGGAAGCACCGAGGAUGGCAGAGGAAGAGGUGAUGGGAGAGGCCAUGGAAGAGGAAGUGAACUCGAGUGACCGACCGAUGGAUGAAGUGCCGAAUUUGAGGGAUGAGGUGUUUGAGACGGCGAAGGAGAUGUGCCUGGACGAGCAAGCACGCCUCACAAUCUUUCCAAAUCCUGUAGCAAUUCGUGGACUUCGAAUGUGGGCAGGAGAAGAUUUGACCGCAGGGAACGGGCCGGACCUGACUGUUCUACCGGCAUGGGCUGGAAAUCAUCGCCCUUUUCAGCCUUGGAAUGAACCUCCCGCCGGUGCAGCAGCAGUCAGAGCACCACCCAGAAGGAAUACGAAGCCCCCUCCCAAGCGGCCAGAGCAGAAGCCAUUGUCCGACACCAAGUUCUCGUCGUUUUGA